GAUGUUAUCAAGGCAAAGAUUUACGUCCAUCUGGCAUACAUGGUGAAAUUCCCAUGGGAUCGGAGCGGAUGGAGAUGCGCAAGCGACAGAUGUCGGUGCAGCAGGAGACGACGAGCGCCGCCCGGACGCCGCACAACCUGGGGAACCGGGGCUCCAACGCCUGCUGCUUCUGCUGGUGCUGCUGCUGCAGCUGUUCCUGUCUCACUGUUAGGAAUGAAGAGGGGGAGGAGAGCACACGGAGACCCUCCUACGACAUCAAGAUAGAGGGGACCACAAACUGUGAAGAGAGCCUGAAGCCCACUGUGGAGGAGGUUCGCUCCUGGGGACAAUCCUUUGACAAACUGAUGACCAGCGUGGCUGGAAGGAAUGCCUUCCGCGAGUUUCUGCGAACAGAGUUUAGCGAAGAAAACAUGCUCUUUUGGCUAGCCUGUGAAGACCUUAAAAAGGAAACGAACAAAAGUGUUAUAGAGGAAAAAGUUAGGGUAGUAUAUGAAGACUACAUCUCAAUCCUUUCACCUAAAGAGGUGAGUUUAGACUCCCGGGUUCGAGAAGUGAUCAACAGGAACAUGCUGGAACCGACCUCCCACACCUUUGAUGACGCACAGCUCCAGAUCUACACGUUAAUGCAAAGAGACUCGUACCCCCGCUACAUGAACUCCGCAGCUUACUUGGGUCUGCUUCAGGCCUUUCCCGAGCAAUCCGCAGAACCGUAG